AUGAAGCUCACUAUCUUCUUCCCGUUGGCUGCUUUCCUGUCUUUGACUGUCGCUGAUUGUCUGGAUGAUGCCAGUCCCUGCCUUAAGCGAUGUCUCAGCGAAGCUUCUUCUGUGGCAGGCUGUAUCUCCUCUAUUGAUUACAAGUGCACUUGCCCAAGCCCAGCGUUCAAGGAUGCACUUGGUACCUGUUUGGAGGUUUCUUGUACCCCGGCAGACUUGAAAGUUGCUGGACAAUUGCAUAAGGAACGUUGUGGGUCGGCACCUCAGUAA